CUAGCUUUGACGAGGCCGCUCGUACUCCACGGCCGCUCACGGGCCGCGUGGAGCUCUACUGACGUAACGCGCGUCCGCAUCUCUCCAAAAGAGGUGCCGCGGCGUCGCACAAUCGAAGACCGGCCUUAAAGAGACACCGUACAACCAGUUUACAAAAUGGACGACUUCUCAGCGCGAGAGAGGAAGCUAGAAAGGGAGCGCCAAGCAAGGAUCGCCGCGAAAAAGCGCGAGCAGGAGCAGGAGGCCGCCGCCGCCCAACGCUACGCUGACCAGCAAGCCGCGCAGCGCGAGGCGCUGGCGAAGCGCCGCGCCGAGCGAGAGCAAGAGGAGGAGCGGCGCGCGGAGGCCCAGCGCGAAGACGCGCGCUUGACGGGCGGCCUGACGUGGCGCCGGACCUACCGCUGCGUGGCCGAGCCGCGCGACGGCGACCGCGUGCGCCUGCCGGACAGUUCGCUCAGCGAGCUCACGAGCGCCGGCCUGCUCCAGGACGCGACGGCGCUGACGCUCGAGCUCGAGCUGGUCGACGCCGACGAUGUCGUCAGGGGCGUGCCGACGGACCCGCGCUUUUUGCUCCCGGAGGAGGCCCGGGAGGAUGAGCUGCGCGUCUCGGCGACGGCGACGCACGCGGGCGUCCUAGAUUUCGCGGCGCCCGACGGCCACGUCGGCGUGCCGCCUAAGACCAUGCUCAGUCUGGUGCGGGGCGUGCCCGAGGUCGCGGAGCGGCUCGCCAAGGGCGAAUUGCGAGUGAGAUGCCGCGCCGUGCGGCUCCCGACGCCGAAGGAGAGCUCCUGCGCGCUGCGGCCCGUCGCCGAGGGUUUUCAUCACGGCGGCGCCGACGAGGCGGCCGUCGACUUAGGGGCCGUCCUCACGAAGGAGCUGGGGCGGGGCCGGCACUGCUGCCUGACGCUCGGGGACUGGAUCGCCGUGAGCCACGACGACCGGACCGUGCGGCUCGUGGUCGCGGCCUUGCGGCCGGAGCGGGCGUUGUGCGUCCUGUCGACGGAUUUAAGCGUCGACGUGCUCCCGCCGAUGGUCGUCGAGGAAAGACUAAGGAAGGCGCAGGCGCAAUCUGAAAGGGAGCAGCGGUUGAUUGAAGAGAGGCGCCGGCGCGCGGCCGCGGCGCGCGCGGCCCUGGAAUCGAGGGAGAUACCCGCGGACGGCGCGCCCGUGCGCGUGCGGCUGCGCUUCCGGGACGGCUCGCGGAGCGAGGCCACGGCCAAAACCAAUGAAAGUGCCGACGUCUUAAAGUGGCUCGUCGACGCCGAGGCCGACGACGCGGCCAAGUUCCCGCUCGACGCGCGUGACUGGCGCCUCGUGAGCAGCUACCCGCGGCUGGCUCUUUCGAGAGAUGCGCUGGCGGGUUCUCUCGAGGACACGGGCCUCGUCGACGCGCGGGGCGGCGCCGUCGCUCUGUUGGUCGAGCCGCUCGCGAUCGAUGAUGCCAAUGAGGACCCGGAGUCGCCAAAGCAACAUAGCACGGAGGACGUCUGGGCGCGGGCCGCCGCCUUCGCGGACGCCGAGGCGGCGCGCGAGCGCAACGCCCGUAAUGACGACGGCGCGAUGGAGCUCGACGAGGCCACGAAGAUCGAGGCUGAGCGCCGCGAUUUAGAUGGAGCCGAGAAGGCCGCGUUAUUCCGCGAUCUUGUAGGGAGGGGCCUCUCGAACCAGCUCGCGGCGCACGCGGCGCAGCGCUACUCGUCGCAGCUCGCCGAGCUCGCCCAGAUGGGCUUUGGGGAUGACGCCGCGCUGUCCGUGUCGCUGCUCGACAAGUACAACGGGCGGCUCCUGCGCGUCGUCAACGCGCUCUCGGACGCGCGCGAGGCCCAGCCGCCGCCGCCGCGCCCGGCGCCGUUCGCGCCGCGCGAGGCGGCCUCGACGCCUUCCGCGCCGCGCACCGCGGCCUCGGACCAGCAAGCGCGCGUCGCAGCAGCCUUCAAGCGCCACGUCGCGGCCGGCCUGCCGCCGAACGAGGCCGCCGCCGCCGCGCUGCGGGAGGUGUCUUCCAGUAACUAG